AAUGUUCGUAAACCGUUAUUACAAACAUUACAAAAUAAAAAAUUAAAAUAAAUAAAAAAAAUUCCCUUCAUGGAGCUACAAACAACGGCCACCACCACCGCCACCACUUCAACCGUAACCGCCGCCACAAAAUCCACCAUAAACCGCGUAGGAGGAACGCGCCACCCUGUCUACCGCGGCGUCAGGAAGCGUCGAUGGGGAAAAUGGGUUUCGGAGAUUCGAGAACCUCGCAAGAAGUCUCGCAUAUGGCUCGGUUCCUUCCCGUCGCCGGAGAUGGCGGCGAAAGCCUACGACGUCGCCCCUUAUAAGCACUUCGUACUUUAG